UGCAUUGAUUCGUCAUGGAUUGAAUGAACCCGCUCGUUCUACUACUACUCGAUCAACACCACCACUUUGUGGAUGCUCUUCCGGCUCAUUCACUCUCUGCCAUCAGUCCCGCCAUAGACAAGAGACAAUAGAUACGAUACACAAUGUCAACAUAGAGACACUGCCCGGCGCGGCAUUAUUUGCAUCUCCCGCGAACACUGACCGAACCGACUUCGAUCAUGUUCUUACGACCCCUGGGCCUUCGGUGCCUUGCUCCCCGUGUCGCUUCCCGACCAUUCCGAAGUUCAAUAAUAGCACGAUUACACGAUGCACGAGGUUCAGCCCGAACCUUUAGAUGCGGCGGUCACAACAGGUCCAGCCUACCGAAACAACCAUGUAUUAAUGCGAUAGUAGGAAGGAGGGCAGCGUCGCAUCAUGGCGGCGGCCAGCGAAACAAUGGGCAAAGGAGGGUUCUCAUGUCCAGGAUAGGCGGCACAGGCGCGGCCACCCUUGGAACCGCGGCUUUCGUUCAGCUGUCUGAGCAAGAAAACGACGAUGCAGAGGAGACAGGCGAGGAUCGCAUGUUGGCCGCAUCGCGUGACGAGAUUGCCAAGCGCUUGGACGACGACGAUCAUGGGCUCUCCCGCGCGCGCCACGGCAUCGUACUAUUCCUCGACCUGUAUGUCUGGGAGCCUUUGUGCACGGGAUUUCGCUUCCUGCAUCUGGUCUGCAUCUUUGUCCCGGUUAUAUUUGCAGUACCGGCUAUCUGGAUCGGUCGCAGGCUGCCGGAUAAGGAUAACGAGAGGAGCGGUACGCUAUGGUGGUACGGGUUCCUAGUCCAGAGCAUGGAGCUCGCUGGUCCGGCCUUUAUCAAGCUGGGUCAGUGGGCCGCAUCGAGGUCUGACAUAUUCCCGACCGAGAUGUGCGAGACCAUGUCAAGGCUGCACUCGCACGCGCCGGCGCACUCUAUGCACGCCACUAGGCGCAUCGUCCAGGCCGCGUUCGAUGGGAGGCCUUUUGACGAGAUAUUUGACGAGUUUGACGAGAAGCCGUUGGGUGUCGGGGCCAUCGCGCAGGUUUACCGUGCCAAGCUCAAACCGGACCUUGCCGCCCCGGGCGAUGUGGAUCUGGCCGGCCAUGACGAACAGACGGCCAGGCGCAAAGUGCGAAAGAACGUUGAGACGGUGCUGAAGAGCACGCCAAAGCGCGUACCAUCAACGUAUGUCGCGAUCAAAGUGUUGCACCCGGGCGUGGAACGAACGGUGCGGCGCGACCUGCGCAUCAUGGGGUUCUUUGCUAGAGUUCUCAACGCAAUUCCUACCAUCCACUGGCUAUCGCUGCCCGAUGAGGUGGACCAAUUUGGUGAGAUGAUGCGACUGCAGCUGGAUUUGCGCAUCGAGGCCGCAAACCUAAGCCUGUUCAGGAAGCACUUCCGCGACCGCUCGACCGCCUGGUUCCCCUUCCCCUACACCGAGUUCACAACGCGAAACGUCUUGGUGGAGGAAUUUGCGCAGGGUAUCCCACUAGCCGACUUUUUGGAGAAUGGCGGCGGCGUUUUCCAGCACGACAUCGCCGCUGAGGGCCUCGACGCGUUCCUUCGCAUGCUGUUGCUCGACAACUUUGUGCACGCCGACCUGCACCCCGGAAACAUUAUGGUGCGCUUCUAUCAGGCCGCGCAGCCCGACCUGCCGCAAAUGCCGCUCAAGCGCCGAUCACAAAACGAAGGGCCGCCAAGCCAGCCACCGCAGAACUCAGAGUCACAAGUGGAUGUGACUGAGCAGGUGCUCUCCCGACUGCGGCCACACAAGGGCCGCGAGAAUAAGGCGGCGUGGGAGGAAGAGCUGCGCAAGAUCGACGAUGAAGGCUUCCGGCCGCAGCUCAUCUUCAUCGACACGGGUCUGGUGACGGAACUAAACGCGAAAAACCGACGCAACUUCCUGGACCUCUUCCGGGCCGUGGCGGAAUUUGACGGGUACCGGGCCGGCGUGCUCAUGUGCGAGCGGUGUCGGCAGCCGGACGCGGUGCUGGAUAAGGAGGUGUUUGCGCUCAAGAUGCAGAAGCUGGUGCUCGACGUCAAGUCGUCGACUUUAGCACUCGGAAACGUCAAGAUCGGCGACAUUCUGCAGAGCGUCUUGUCCAUGGUCCGUACGCACCAUGUCCGCGUCGAGGGCGACUUUGUCAACGUCGUCAUUAGCAUCCUGCUGCUGGAGGGCAUCGGGAGAAGCCUCAACCCAGACUUGGACCUGCUGAGCAGCUCACUGCCCAUUCUGCGCGAGCUCAGCGCCCAGAGCGGUGGGCAGAUGCUCAAGCAGGGCGACCUGAGCAUGAUCAAGUUCUGGGUCGGCUUGGAGGCGAGGAGGUUCCUACAGGCGAGUAUUGAAGAUGUCGAACGUUGCGUGAAAUACGAUCUCCUCUCACCCAAUGUGUAAUUUCAAGAGGCAGCUUUUGUGGAGAGGACCAAUGUAUAAUGUUUAUCAGGGCUCGAUUGCGAGUGGCGUUCCGACGGUUAUUUAUGGGUAAAGCAUCAGGUACGACGUUUUGCAUCACUUUCGACGAUGGCUUCCUACGGAGUAAGGCCUUGGGGGAUGGCUCGACUACAGAGUUUGUGUAUAAUAUACUACUAACAAUUUAGAAUAACUAAAAAAAUAAGCAUAAGGACACUCAGAGAUACCAUGGAUAUUGCCCAGCCGGAGGUGUUUGAUCUUUUUCUUUCAAGCGAUGUUUGGUCUGUCUGCCAAAGUGGAUCUGGCGCAUGCAGGUCAGCCACAGCCACUAUGCACGUCACUUGGUGCUUAGUUACGAGUGCAUGCAUGGUCCUGCAUGGAGCAUGUCUGGUGAGAUUCUCCUUUCUUGUUUAUUACUCACGCCGGUUGUGUCCAGUACCUUUUUUUUUGUCCGAAAUGGCGAUAGCAAAACGGUCUCGCCGUGAUAGGCCUUU